GUUGUGCUCACUCGUUUUGCCAACUUGUCAUAGAACAUGGUCUUGUUAGCACGGUCGGCCGGCCGUCUAUUUGCUGUCCGACCACUUAUCUCCCGGAAACCUCAUGGCGCUCGACACUUCUCUUAUCCGGCCGUGUACGCCGAGUGCUCAAAUUUCGCUAACUCUGCUGCCUUGGUACCAGCUGCAUUCUUGGAAACCCUUCAUGCCACCGGUCUUCCCUGGUUUGCAGUACUGCCGCUUUCUGCCGUCUUGGUCAGAUCAUUCUUCAUCUACCCAGUAUUUCAGAAGCCUUUGCGUGAGAAGCUGGUUGAUCGCGCUCAAAUCCAACCCCUCGUGGAUGCCCAUAUGAGCAUCCUGAGGCGGAAGAUCAGGUCUGAAGGUCUGCCCCAGGCUGUGGGGAAACUUCAAAUGGUCCUCAGUUCUUUCACUGUCAGAGCUCGGUUGCAAUCCAUUCUGUUCAAUCGAGGGUGGUGGGGCGGUCAUAGAAUCAUGAUGUUCGCUUCAACAAUUUGGGUUUCUGAUGCCUUGAGGAGAUUGAUGGGCGCCAAAGAGGGCUUAUUGAAGUUCAUUCUGGGUCCUUUUGAUUGGACUGUAAGCUGGUUGUUUCCGAAAACUGCCCCUGAACCCACCUCUGGAGAAGCUUUGGAGAGACCAGCAGCUGCCUCUGAGCCCAAUGCCAUGUUGGAGCCGAGUGCCGCCGAGCCUAUUCAGCCAACGCAAGAGUUCGCUCCGGACCUUCUCUCUUCCACGUCAACAACACAGGAGGCUGUAGCGAAUCUUUCAGUAGAACAAGCAGCUUCUGUGGCAGCAAAUCAUGCCAACACUCCCUGGUUCGACCCUACUCUCAUGACCGAAGGCUUCUUCUGGUGUCCCGACUUGACCACCUCGGACCCUACUUUCAUCCUCCCCAUCAUGUUCAGCAGCACCUUCAUCGCCAGCAUCUACUUUGCACCCCGUAUAGCCGGAGCAGCCACGUCGACAGGCCGCGAAAAUACGUCAAACCCGACAAACGCACAAAGGAUUGGAUUGACUAUCGCUACUCUUUCCUUUAUACCAGCCUUGCAAAUGCCUGCUGGUUUGUUACUCUACUUCAUUUCAAACAUGGUUGUCAACAAUGUGCAAUCGCGUUGGUUGGCAUACACAAAACCUAUUCACCCUGCACCGACGGCUUGCAAGCGACCUGUGAGAACGCAGCGUUCCCGGGAGAUGGCUGAGGAUUUGCUUCCCAGCAGUAAACAGCCUGUGAGACGCUGAGAGCAAUCCUAAUCCGAGCAUUUGAGACCAUUUUGGUUUGCAGAUCGCGUUUACCAGGAGAAUUACACACUGGUCCUUCAUACUACACCAUCUGACUGCUAGGAAUUCUUUCGGCCCAUGUAUACUAUCACAUCUUGUAUUUCUAGAGCAUCGUACUCAUACAGUAUGCAUCAAAAUUAACGAACAUUAUGCCCCUC